AUGGCACCAAGAGAAUCAUAUAUGCAAGUAUGUUGGGGUUUUCGGCAAAAAAAAACUCAAAUACAAUAUAAAUUUUUCUAGAUGCCUUUAUCAUUUCCCGAAGAAAAUAUUGCAGAAAAUGUUGCUUAUCCACAAUUGUUUCAAAAUAAUAACACAAACCGAAGAGUUCCACAUGGAAUACACGUGUUUUGUAAAAAGUGUUUUAGGCGUUUCAUGUUGGGAGAAGUGGGUUAAAUUUGGGGAUUCUAACAAGAGAAAUGUGAAAUUUAUAGACAAUUUUCAAAUUUUACUUGUUGAUGGCUUGGUGUUUAGGAUUGGCUGCGAUAAUGUUAUCACAACAUAAAAACAGUAAGUGAUGGGGAAUGGUUGAAAGCUUGAGAAGAGUUUUGAAAAAAUCGUAAUUUUUUUCAGUAAUUUUUUCGAUUUAUGCAAUGAUCUAUUUGCUAGCUCAAGUAUUUGGCCUAUUAGGAACAAUCUCACAUGUUCGAAAAAUCUUCAUACCGUAUGUUAUUGUUUUGUGGUUAAAUAUAAUGGUCAAUAUGUUUUUCUUGAUUCAUUUUGGUAUUCGAUGUGUUUCAACAAACUAUGAAAGAGAUGUUCAAAUAAUCGGUAAAGUUUUUCAGGAUACCAACAAAAACUAUUCUCAUUUUUGAUUUUUAGGUUUAAUUCAAGUUGUUGACAAGAUAAUGUUUUCAAAUGCAUGGCUUUGUGUGAUAUUCUCAAUUUUAUAUCUCAUUUAUAAUUUUCUCUGUCUUUUUUCGGUUAUCGAACAAUGUGAUAAAUUCGAGAAAAUUCAACAUAGAAAUGAAUUGAGAAGACGUGAAUUAUUAGUUCGAAAUGCAAUAAUUUAUGAUAGAUUGAUCAAUUUGAAUAAUCGAGAAAAUUCGAAUAAUCAACAACUUGUCACUACUAAUCCAGAUAGCCCUCCAAAAUAUUCGGUGAGAAAUUGAAAUUUAACCUCAAAUUAAAUUUCGAAUUCAGAAUUUUAUCAGAGUAUCCAUUUUCAGAGCCUUGAUAUAAAAUCACAUAUUCUCGAAUCGCCUCCGCCAAAAUAUUGUAAUCUUCAAAUGAUGAAAGAAAAUUUCAACGAUGAAAAAUCUGAAAAUGAAGAAAAAUAA